GCGUCGCCGUCGAACGACGAGAAGAGAUAGCGCGCGUCUCACCUGACACACGCAGCGCCGAGUUCCGCGCGCGCGCCUGAGACGCUUCUCACUUCUUAAGCAGGUGCGAGGCCCGCUCGGGUAGUUCUCUUUUCCGGCCUCUCACCCAAGGAUCGCUCGAGUUCGACAAGUUGUUGCUCGCGGCUUGUCGAGAGCGUUGCAACUGCCAACCUUUUGAAUACCGGUGGUCGGAUCGAAAGCUGGACUUCCUGGCUUCGCCCGAACGGACUGAACCGUUUUUUGGACCGCGGAGUGAUGCGGGCCUUCCCGAGAGACUGAGCAGCUGCGGUGCCCCGAGCGGGAAUGUUUGGUGGUCGUCGUGCCGAAGGAAGCUGCUGCCGCUGUGUCCGCAGUCGCUAACGUCGAGGGAUCCCGAAAUGUGGCGGCGGUUCGUGGUGGCAGGGUCCCGUGGCGCCUGAAAUAGAAGGAAACAAACGAAAGGAACCCGAAGGCACGAAGCUUCCCGCUAUAGCGAGAGGAGGGCCCCGCCGACUGCCCCCCGUGCUCUUUGCGGCACCGACACCGCCUCCUGAUAGAUGAAGGCCAGCUGGGAACUUGCGCACUUCGCACUCGGCCUGUGCUUCCUCUGUUUCACAACUGUCCUAGGCAACUGGGAAGAAUGGUGGACCUAUGACGGAAUCUCAGGUCCCGACUUCUGGGGCCUGCUGAACCCGGACUGGAACCUGUGCAGCAAGGGUCGGCGUCAGAGCCCGGUCGACCUGAACCCGAACACGUUGCUCUUCGAUCCACACCUAAAGCCCCUGGAAGUCGACCCGAGCAGAAUCAGCGGCAUCAUCACGAACACGGGUCACGGCGUCAUCUUCCGCGUCUCGGACAGCCUGGCGCCUGGUCUCGCGGUCAACAUCUCGGGUGGCCCGCUCUCCUACCAGUACCGGUUCCACGAGCUGCACAUACACUACGGCCGCUCGGACGACCGCGGCUCCGAGCACACCAUCGCCGGCAAGCCAUUUCCCGCCGAGUUGCAGAUUUUUGGCUACAACUCGGACUUGUACGCCAACAUGUCCGAAGCCGUGGAGCUACGAAGGAGUGAGGGCCUUGUCGGGAUCUCCAUCUUGCUCCAGCUUGGCGAUUUGUCACAUUCCGAACUACGAGUCCUGACGGGCCAGCUUCAUCGGAUAACAUACAGAGGCCAGGAGGCAGCCAUGAAGCACCUCUCGAUCAAGGAGCUGCUUCCGGAGACGGACCACUUCAUGACGUACGAAGGGUCGCUCACCAUGCCCGGCUGUCACGAGACGGUCACAUGGAUUGUCCUCAACAGGCCGAUCUACAUCACCAAGCAGCAGCUAUACCUUCUGCGAAAGCUGAUGCAAGGCGACGAGCUGAACGCCAAGGCUCCGCUGUCGGACAACUUCAGGCCCACACUUCCGGUCAACCAGAGGCUCGUUAGAACCAACAUUGACUUCAAGUGGAAACAGGGCUCCAACUGCCCAUCCAUGUACAAAAACAUGUAUUAUCAAGCAAAUACCAAAUUCGUAGGACCGUGAAACGGCGGCGACGAACCGGAUGCCCAAAAAGCGGGCCAACCCCGGGUGCUGCGGAACGCCUUCCGACGCCCUGAGCUUCGACAGAGCAACGUUCGCCACCACUUUUUUCGACCGCUCUUCAGUGCGUGCGUGUGCGUUCUUCGAAAGUGCGGCCGUGUCUGUGCGCGCAGUUCCCAACGUGCCCCCGCUUUGCUUCGAGCAGCGUCACAGAAGAGGUGGUGUCACAAACUUUGUUAUCCCUUUUUUUAUCCCCGCCGGCACCAAACAACUACUGACGGUUCCUUACGAGUAAUUUGGUGUGAAGUGAGCUUGGAGAAGUUACUCUUCGUUGAUACGAUAGUGCGUUCAGUGCUGUAAGCGAGUGUGAACUCGCUCAUGUGAAACGCCGGAGGUGCUGUUGUCAUGCACUGAUAGGACAAUGGUAAUAUUUCCGUGAAAAGCUUGAGAAGGCGUCAAGGAAACGUGUUUCAAGAAUUAGAGACGCACGGCAUUCGGAAAAGUUGCUGCGCACGAUGAACGUUCUCAGUGGUGCUCGUACAGCGUAAAACGAUGAAAAAGCCGUGAAACUUGAGAUGUGCUGGGGUCGGUUAUCACUGUUUUGAAUGAAAUAAGUUAAAUUCUUGGCCAAGAUAAUGUGCGGCUUUAUUAGAGAACGGAUGCACCAUACAACGGACUAAUUUUGUUCAGUAAGAGUCGUAUUUGGCUCAGAAAACGUAAGCUACUUUGUUAAUGUCACCUGAAUAAAGGAUUAUUUCGGCGUCAAAAUUAACGUAGCUUUAUAGCACUAUUGUCCAAAAAAAAAGGAGGGAAACUUGGAUGGCAUAAGAUGAUCGUUAUGUUCUAACGAUUGUCGUUAUGCUCAUUCUGUUUGAAGUGAUGUGCUGAUGUUUCAUACUGGCAAAGAAAAAGAAAACGAAAAGCAGCAGGAGAUGUGAAAAAUGAGACAUACAUGGGCGCUCUGUGUGCACUCUGCGAAGACAAAAUGUCUCUAUUUGAAAAGUGAUGAUGAAAAGUUAACAGACUGCUUAGACGCGACGGAUGCUUUUAGCAGAGUUAUGUGUGCUACGCGUGGCCAGUAAGAAAUGACAGCCGCGGCGAUUUGGAAAGAAGGGGGGGGGGGGGGGGGGGGGGGGACGGAUAGGAAUUAUCCGGCGCAAUUGAUUUUCAUCUCCUCCAGAGAACAGGCGGCUUCCGUUUCAGGGCCUUUCAUGUGUCAUUAAGCAUCUUGCCUUGCUACAUGAAACGCUUACAAAAGCGAGAAAUGUUGAUGGUUGUAGAGCCAUAAGAGAAGCUGUUACUUUUCAAGCCCGCUUUUAUUAAGCCUAUUCAAGGUUACCUCGCAUGAUACCUGGGAAGCAUUCAGGCUGAGCCACAUUUGAGCUGGGUAAAUUUUUUACGACAGAGAACACUCCUUAGGGACAAGGAAAAAAAAGGAAGCUAGGCAGGAAGCGUCUGUGCACAUAGAGUAUUCUUUCUAAUUUCACGCGCUUUAUAGUCAGAAAGUAACUCUUAAUUGGUAGUUUCCCAGCCAUUGCACAUCCGAUUAAAUGUCUUAAAUGUGGUAUUUGUCUACGGGCGCAGUGUUGCUACCAAUUAUUUUUGAGGACGAAAGUCCAAACAGAGUACACGAGGCGGCACAGAGAGAGAGAGAGAGAGAAAGAAACGAAAUGGAAGGAAAGAUGUCAAUGCAGCUGCUGUGCAUCGCGUGCUUUUGUGUGUUUGUGUACGUGCGUGUGUACGUGACAUGGUGGCCGAAAGAAGCGGAACGGCUGUUCUGGAAGACUGCAGUUGGAGCACCAACAUGAGAGGAAAGAUGAAUCAACAUCGCAUCUCGCGGCCUCGGUGUAAGAAGUCGUGAUUACGACGCUUGGAAUUACGAGCAAUUAUCACCACCGCCUGCAACAGCGACAACAGCAGCAGCAACACUACCUGAAAUGGCCUCGUCGAAUGCGACGACGACUGUGACGCACCCACGUCAGAUUCUAGUGCUUCCUAGGACACGGACCUCUCGUUUUAUUUUGGACGACACCAUUUCGACAGAGCGUCUGCGGGACUCCCUAAUUUUUCUGUCACGAGAUCACUCGGCAAUUCAUGGAAGGCGCCGGCAAUCAGUGAAAGAUUUACACGUGACGAGCAGAGUGGCGCGGAAUGCGUUGCUAAACGUGCGUUUAAUUUCUCACCUGCACGUGUGUCCAAUCAAUUUUUCUUGCCUCGUACUUCUUGUUCUGCUAUUAUUCGUCGAUGUAGGAUUUGCAGAUGGCCCAGUUCAACUCGAAAUCGAAGGUAUACGCGCACGAGAAAAGAAACGUACGAAAACCCCAAAACAAGAACCACGAUUUCAAAUGGUGAAACGUCGGUGUCUCCUAAAUUUUCUUUUCCAAGAGUUGGCAGUGUUUUAAUAACGCAGUUUCCUUCCGCAGGACUCCGAGAUAUAAAACUUUGAGACAGGAAAGGACUACGUGUUACGUUGAGAGAUGAUUGUUUCUCAUUUGUUUGAAAUAAAAGGU